UCUGAGUGUUGCAGCUGCCAUCUUCACGGUACUGAAGAACUGGGAGAAUGGAUGUCAAACUGACCACAUCUUUUCUUUGGUUGUUUGCUCUGAAGGUUGGUUUGGAGUGCCACCUGGCCUCUUUUUCUCCUUCCCAGUCAGACUGAAACCCAAGGGCUGUUGGAGUAUUGUUCUAGAUUUAAGUAUCUCAAAAAGGACAAAGGACAGCAUCGACAUGGCUGUCCAG